GUUACCAUGGCUACCUGCCUCGCCGGACGGAGGCCAGGCGAGAAGGAGGAGAGAAGCGGCGGCGGCGGAGGAGGAGGAGAAAGGAGGCGGAGGAGGGACAAAUUGGCCUCUGUUUGAGGGGAGGAGAGGCCGAGGUGGACGUGGCGGGUCCGCCGGAGUUGGCCACAAGUCGCGGGAGGGCAGUGGAGCCGAAGCAGCCAUGACGCGGAACGCCCGCAGGCCGCUAUCAGGGCGGCGCGGGUGGUGACGUCGGGUCGUCGGACGAAACCCGUGGCCUCGGCUCCUCCCAUCGGCGGAGUCUGGACUCCUCCCCCUCGCUAGAAGCGACCGGCGGCGAGGUCUCGGGGCGGGGCAGACUGACGGAACCCGCCGCUCCUCGCCAUGACUGACUCGGAGGCCGAGUGUUUAAGCCUGAGUCUGGCCUCGGAGGGCGGUUCCCCCCUUGACCCGGGCGGCCACCCCUCGCUGGCUCUCCUUUCGUCAGACGGCCCCGCGCCCACGCUGAGUUCGCUGGCGGCAGAGGUGGCCGAACCGUUGGUCAUGCUGCCGUGCGUCAAAGCCGAGCCCGAAGACCUGGACGACUUGGAGCGCCUGGAGCCCGUACGCACCGUGGACCUUUCCGAGAUCCAGCCGCUGUCUACCGCCGAACUGGGCCGCGAGCAGAUUAAGAUGGAGAUCAGCGGCCUGGACUACAUCAAGGCUGAACAUCAGCGCGCCGACCUAGACCACAAUCUGGACCCCUUCCGCCACGCCGACGACAUGGACUACAAGUCGCACUACGAGACUGGCUACGUAUUUGAUUACAUCUCCCAGGUGAGCGACACACUGGAUUACAUCAAGUCAGACCACCACGUGGACCUUCAGUGUUACUACGCAGCGGAGCUGGGCGAGCCGGACCCUGCGGCACCUACGCAGCUGGUGGUGCCUCCGCACAACGCCCUGGAGUCUAUCCACAUGGCCGAACUGCGCAGCGAGCUCAACAAACUACGACCCGAUUCGCUCCUGCUGCUGGACGGGAUGACUAAGCCUGAAGCCGAUUUCCCGUAUCAGGCAGCUGCGGAUGAGACCAAAGCGGCGGCGGUGGGGGCGACCGGCUCUGCUAAAGGCCCACCGCCGAGGAGGCCGCGCAACAUGCAGGGCGAGAAGCCCUUCUCGUGCACGCAGUGUGGCAAAAACUUCAGUACCCUUGGCAACCUGAAGACGCACCAGCGCAUCCACACGGGUGAACGGCCAUACUCGUGCGCGCAGUGCGGCAAGAGUUUUGGCCAGGCGGGCAACCUCAAGCGCCACCAGCUCAUCCACACGGGCCAAAAGCCCUACGUGUGCGCCCACUGUCCCAAAGGCUUCACCAAGGCCGACGACCUGCGUGCCCACCAGCGGCUACACACAGGCGAGCGGCCCUUCGCCUGCCCCGUCUGCGCCAAGACCUUUGGCCAGGCCAAGGAGCUUAAGGCGCACCGGUUGAGCCACGCUGGCGAGAGGCCUUUCUGCUGCCAGCACUGCGGCAAGAGCUUCAGCAAGGAAGCAGCGUACCGAGACCACCUCCGCGCGCACGACGACAUCGGCGCCGCCACCCAACCCAGGCCUUUCACCUGCUCGCACUGUGGCAAGACUUUCGGCAACGCCGCCGUGCUCAAGACCCACGAGAAGAUUCACUCGGGCGAACGGCCUUUCGGCUGCGCCCAGUGCGGCAAAAGCUUCGGGCGCCUUGGACACCUCAAGGCACAUCAACACGUGCACACGGGCGAGCGCCCGCACGCUUGCUCACGCUGCGGGAAGACCUUCAGCCAGUCGGGCCACCUCAAGGCGCAUCAGCAAAUCCACAAACGGGAGCGCGCCGACGUCACUGACGCCCACUAGCCAAACGGACAACUGGACAUCCCCUCCCCUUUUUAUCCUUUUUUUACGUAUAGCCACCGCUUUGUUACCUUUUGGCGCCUUUCUAAUCGUUACGUCGUCUACGGCUGUUUUCGUGAGUGUGGAGGCGGCGGUGCCUACAGAAAGCCGUUUGAGCAUUUAUUGCAGUCAAGUCGUAACGCAACAAGCUAGAAGAACAGAAUUAUGGCGGAAGCAGUCCUAUUGCACACAAUAUGGACAUUGCACAGUGAAAAUUCAACACUCGAUUCCGUUGCCAAAGCACUACUUCUGUCUCAAAACUCCUCAUGUCACUUAAAGGGACAGGCAACACCUUUUGUUAAUAAUCUUCGUGUGAAAGACAGGUGCCCAAAGUAUUUAAGUAUACAAAUCAUGAAUUUCCUAGACCUCUGAUAACAGAGAAAAUGUUUAAGCAUAAAAAAAUGACAGAACUGCAGCCAUUUUGUGAUGUCAGUUACAUACACACUGAUAUACUUGAAUACAGGUGCAUGGAAAAUGGGUAUUACAGACAUCAUAAGGUAGGACGGGCAAUCUUGGAUACUCUCAUUUGAUUGGAUAAAAUAAUACAUUGAUAAAAUGUCCGCACACUUCCUAAAAUUACUAGCUUUUAUUGACUUUUUCUCCACUAUUACACAAGUAAAAUUCUAUUUUUUUUCUUUGUUCAAUAAGUAAGAUUCUUUCAUUGAGAUGCAAAUGAAAUAAGUGUUGUCUGUCCCUUAAAUUAAACAUGCCUCCUUGCCAGUAGAUGGCAGUUCUCGUUUCACUUUCCUCCUACUAUUGUUCCUAAUACAAAUAGUGAAGCACUAAAUGUUAGCUCACUGGCUGCCAUCGAUGUAGAGCUGGGCGAUAGGGGCCAAAAGUCGUAUCUCAAGUCUUUUAGGCUGAAUAUCGAUAUAUGAUGUAGGGUCCCCACAUGUUUUUGCCAAGUGAGAACAAAUGCUAAGUAUAAGUCCAGGCCAAAUAUGACAUUACAACUUUUAUUGAAACUAGUGGUACAAUUUUUGACAAGCCUUACCUGUCGAUCUCAGUUGUACCUUUGAAUCUGAGCCAAAUGUGAGCAUUUACUAAAGUUAUCUCACUGAAUUCACUCACAAAGAAAAGACGGGGCCAUCUAGCAGCCAUAAAGCAAUUUUCACAUAGUGGCCUAGGAACGAAAAUACAAAUUUCUCUCAUUCCCACAUUAACGUAAAGCGCUGUAGACGUUAGAAUCGCAAACAUGUUUGGGUCGCGAAACAUGAAAAUACGCAACAAGUGCACUUAUCUGCAGAUAUUAACGACAACGAAUGUCUGCCACUAAAAGCUAGCUCACUGUAGACGUGAUCGGCGGAGAAGAUCUGUUAUAAUUUUUAUAAUCGAAAGUACACUAAUCCCCCAAAAUUUAUGAAAUCGACCCCGAUCAAUCGAUGCACCUUUAAUUGAAGCUGGCUAUUUCAGUGGCAAAAUCAAAUAAACAUUUAGCUUCACCUGGUUAAUGAAAAAAUGCUUGUUCAAAUAAUAAAAUGUAGACAUAAAUACCGUAUAAAAACAGGACAACUUUAUUUGAAAUCAUAGCAACGUAAGGUGCACUUUUGAACUACAGGUAGUCCCCGGUAACAUUCCCACGCUGGCGAUGUAACCCGAAUUUUCGCUUAAUUCAGAUUUAACCCUGUAAGUACCCCCAAAUUCCCCCUAAAUCUCAAAAUAAUGAUCAAAAAACAUGUAUUACACAUCAUUGUACUGUCCUUGCCAAGACAUCGGAGCCAAGUCCUAGCUAGACAUCGACUGCAGACAAAAUGGCGGACGAGACUCCGGUGUCAUCGAGUUGAAAUUGCAUAAUUUGGGUAUGUCGUAACCCGGGGACUACCUGUAUAUUGAUAUAUACAAAAGUCUUAAUUCCAUAUCAGAAGAUAUAUCACCCAGCUCUACAUAGACAAUGAUAAAUGAAGUAGUUGCAUUAAAAAUAACCUUUUCUAUUGAAGACAAUAACUUAUUACCACUUACAACAAAAACUUUUCUAACAGCUCUAUUUCAUAACUUAGUGGUCGUCAAUGACGGUGAUCGCUGCCAACUUUUCGCUGUCAAUGGCGCUGAAAUGUGAUGAUUCAAUGCCAGCCAUUCCAGUUCAAUUUGAUUUCUACUGCGGUUAAUGGAAGGCAUAAGUUAAGAAAUGCCUUGAUAUUGGAGCUAAGGUCUGACGUGGCACUCGUGGACAAAAACUGUCCCGAAACACAAUAUUAGUUGGCCAUAGAUGUUGUUUUAAUGAGGACAACGCUUCUACCAGUGCAGUUCGGUAUAAAGGCUCAGACGGCUUUCCUUUGUAGUCGCUAAACACACGGCUAGCAGUGUGGCCAACUUGGUGCUAGCAAGCAUUAGCUGGCUGUCACAUCUUGUUACACAUUAGUCUGUGGACUUUUCUAUAUUUAUACACAUCUCUCUCAAUCUAUAUCUCUAAAUAUAUAUAUAUAUAUCGUACACUUGUUCCAUAUCAACAUGUACAAUGCAGUGGAACAUUUUUCUGCAAAGAAUGUUUGUUGGAAUCGGUUUCCAAUGGAAAGAAACGCAACUUGUUUACACUGAUGACAUGGCUCAUCAUGAUGACGUCAUUCCAGCUUUUUGGAACUUUGCUUUGACUUUUUACGUUGCGUGUGAGUGAGACAGCGCCUCCCGCUGGCUGAUCAUGAAUGGACUUUUAUCUUUUUCUAUUUAGCCAGACAAAUGAUUACAGGUUAAUCAUCUUCAUCUUCGCUACGUUUUUAUCUUCUCGCACACAAACGUUUUGUACCAGUCUUUUAUGAUCACAUGACGCUUAUUGAAAUGGAAGCAUUUCUUGUACUGCCAAUCAAAUAUAAAAAGUAAACCUUAUCCUUUUGUCUUUG